UCCAUUCGAAGUAAGGUAAGAGGAUUCAAUGUUGCACCAUCUUCAACUCUUCUCGGUAUCGGGAGUUUUUCAAGAAAAGAUCCCAUCCUUCAAUAUCAUGAUUGGGUCGACCAGGCCAGAUCAUGAGUAAAUAAAAAAAUCGAAAAUGUAUAUAGCUGUUCCAGCUGAAAUACUUGGAAUAAUUCUACCACUUCUACUAGGAGUAACCUUUUUAAUGCUAGUUGAACGUAAAGUAAUGGCUUUUGUGCAACGUAAAAAGGGUUCUGAUGUAGUGGGAUCGUUCGGAUUGUUACAACCUCUAGCAGAUGGUUCGAAAUUGAUUCUAAAAAAACCUAUUUCACCCCAUGUUCGAAAUUACGCUAGGCUAAUGCUAAUUUUUUUCCUUUUUAGAAUGGCUCUACUGGCUACAUUUAUGUUAAGUCUGUUCGCUCGGGUCGUUGUACUUUUUGAUUAUGGAUUUAUUAAGAAAAACAUAUGA